AUGAGUAGAGAUUCAUGUUGCGUUCCAACUAAUAAGGAGAGAUACCAGAGGUCGGUUGGGAGAUUAAUCUAUUUAUCACUUACACGUCUUGACAUUGCCUAUGCGGUAAGUGUUGCUAGCCAAUUUAUGCAUUCACCUACUGAGGAUCAUAUGGCUGCUGUGAUAUGUAUUCUGAGUUACUUAACGUCUGCUUCUGGAAGGGGUUUAUUACUUAAAAAGCAUGGUCACUUGGAUCUAGAAGGUUACACUGGUGUAGAUUAUAUAGGGAACAUUACAUAUAAGUGUUCUACAUCACGUUACUUCACCUUUGUUGGAAAUAACUUAGUUACUUGGCAUUGCAAGAAACAAAAUGUUGUAUCUCGGUUUUUUGCAGAGUGUGAGUACAUAGGGAUUGCCCAAGGGAUUUGUGAAAUACUAUGGUUGAGGUGGUUACUUACUGAAAUUGGGUUUAAACAGAGAACUGCUACAAAGCUCCAUUGUGAUAGCAAUGUGCAUUUGAUAUAG